CAAUAACACUUUUCCCAAAUAAUGAUGCAUAUAAUAAAAGAAUGUCAAGAUAUAGAAAAUGGUAUCAAGAUAAAAAGGAACUACUUACCAGUAUAGAAGAUUUAUAUAAUCUUUAUUAUGAGCUAUCCAAAAAGGAUCAGCUUAUAACUGAAACAGAAAUUGAAGAAGCUAUUGAGGAUAUACUUAUAGAUGAGUAA